AUGGCGGACGCAGAAAUGGACAUCGACCGGCCGGCGUCGCCCCCGGCGCGCAACGAGUCCGAGAUGCAGACGCACACGAAAGCCACGGCCGUGCGCUCCAUCGAAGGCUGGAUCAUCGUCGUGACAAACGUCCACGAGGAGGCCGACGAGGAGGCGCUGCACGACAAAUUCGGCGAAUACGGCGAGAUCAAAAACAUGCACCUGAACCUCGACCGCAGAAGUGGCUACGUCAAGGGCUACGCGCUGAUUGAAUACACCACCCUGGAAGAGGCCAGGGCCGCCAUCGACGGCGCCCACGACACGAAGCUGCUCGAGCAGACGGUGCAGGUGGACUUUGCAUUCGUCAGGCCGCCGCCGGGCAAGGCAGGACGAGGAGGCCGGGCUGGCGCGGGAGGGAGGCGAGGCCGCAGCCGUAGCAGAAGCCCCGAGGCAAAGGACGGCGCGGAUUGA